AGCAUCUUUUUACAUUUCGAUUGGAAAUUUGUAGCAUUUCAAGUUCAGGUCAAUUUGGGCACCACUGAAAUCAACAUGAGUGCGAACAAAGGAACAAAAAACACUCGAUCGGAAAACCUCGAUCGUCAGCUGCGAACAGCACGGGUAGAAAACUGAUAUAAGGGCAGUACCUACGGUGCGCGAGGAUCAUUUCGUUUCUGGGCCUUCUCCCGAUCGGUCGGAAGUUCGACCAAGUGAUAGUGUGCUGUGCCGUACCAUGGGGUACCUAGUUGUUGCCGUACCAUCAAUCGAAGCUGCUAUCUCCAAACAUCACUCCACCACUGUGCGAGGAAUGUGCGACGGGAUGAAGUGCCGCGAGAGCGAUCCGGGUUUCCAGACCCUUCGUUUAGAAACCGCUUUUCGCGGGAUCGGCAAUUUUCAUUGCCAACAAAACUUGUCAUUGAAAGAGAUUAAAAAGAAGGAACGAUCGCUCUCGCAAUCCAAAGCAAUGAACGAGAAAGGGCCGAGACUCCAACGGCCUUUUGGAUUUCUCUUGGAUUUCAUACGAUCUUGUCCGGUUCAGCCGUCGGAAGCCGAUUUUGCUGAUCUUCAAGCGGUGUCCAGUGAACGCUCAUGAGUGUUGUGUUUUUUUUGGCCACGCAAUUAGAUUUAAAUGUUGAUCAAUACAAAUUGUAACUAUCUUUCUAAAAGGUGCCUAAAUCUGAUUUUGAAACUUGCGUCCUUCAGACAAGCUACGGAUUCACGACUUCCCGCUAGCUUCCGGGCAAAACUAACGUGAGUGUUGGCAAAUUUCUUAGGAAGUUUGGCGCUUAAGUCAACAUUUGAUAGGACCUUGUUAAUCUUGCUUUUAGCCACACCAAAACGUUACAUUUGGCGCCCAACGUGGGGCCUAAUUUGCUUUGAUUUUGUGUAAUUUUUUUGAACUUGUAAUUGUCUGACAUUGUUUGUGAACAAAUUUUAAUUUGGAAAUGUUUCGUUCAUUUUCGCCUUGAAUCAAAAUAUUUUGAUUUGGUUCUAAAUGAUAUUUCAUCAAUAUUUUGAUUAAAUAUUCUUGUAAAAUUUCUCAAGAUAAUUUGAAUUUCGUUUUGGAAAAAAAGUCUUUGCUGAAUAGCGGAGCACCCGAGUUAAUAUUUAAGUAAAGUCUUUUCUAGUUUUGAGAAGCAAAUUUAUUAAUGUUAGUUUUGAUCAGUUGAUUGAUGAUUAAGCUUUCAUAUCAGUUGGAUCAUUUUAAAGUCUCCGAUGAUGUUUUGGAGCAUUUCGUUUUGCAAUUUUAAAGUCUCCCGGUGGAGCAUUCUAUUAGUAUGUUCAUGAUCAGUUGAAAGAUUAAAAAAUUAAAUUCUUUAUGCCAACAAUUUAAUUUUUUUCGUUGGGAAAGACGGUAGUGUAGCAUUUCAAGUUCAGGUCAAUUUGGGCACCACUGAAAUCAACAUGAGUGCGAACAAAGGAACAAAAAACACUCGAUCGGAAAACCUCGAUCGUCAGCUGCGAACAGCACGGGUAGAAAACUGAUAUAAGGGCAGUACCUACGGUGCGCGAGGAUCAUUUCGUUUCUGGGCCUUCUCCCGAUCGGUCGGAAGUUCGACCAAGUGAUAGUGUGCUGUGCCGUACCAUGGGGUACCUAGUUGUUGCCGUACCAUCAAUCGAAGCUGCUAUCUCCAAACAUCACUCCACCACUGUGCGAGGAAUGUGCGACGGGAUGAAGUGCCGCGAGAGCGAUCCGGGUUUCCAGACCCUUCGUUUAGAAACCGCUUUUCGCGGGAUCGGCAAUUUUCAUUGCCAACAAAACUUGUCAUUGAAAGAGAUUAAAAAGAAGGAACGAUCGCUCUCGCAAUCCAAAGCAAUGAACGAGAAAGGGCCGAGUGGAGGUGCGGCAUAUUUGAAGGAACAGGCCGUCAAGAUCGAGCAACGUAUGGACGAUUACGACCAGGAACGGAUAUUCACGUGGGCGUUGAAGCGAACAAAAUCCGAUCCUGAUAUUGUGUUCGCCGCAGUGGCUGCCUUUCUGGGAGCCAACGUCGUUUGUGCCGUUGUCAUGAUAGUUGGGGCCUAUAAGAUUCAAAAAUAUCUGCUUUUACCUUUCAUCGUGGUCGAUUUUGUAAGGCUGUCACUAAUAACGAUGGUCCAUGUGAUUGCCAUGAUGGUGAUAAAGAAAAGUAUCAACCUUGGAGAUCUGAUUGCAAUAACCAUCGCAGGUGGUUUCGGAUUGUUAUUCUUUUUUUAUCUAUGGGCUUGUGUUCUGGCAUUGUAUCAAAUUAUUGGUAUCGUUAAUACAAAAAAGUACAGAGACCUUUUUGGCAACGACGCUACUAAACCAGAAGUAAAAUCAUCUGCGCUAGAACCUUCACAAAAUAGCUAUGUUGCGACAAUUAGCACACCGGGAAAAAACUCAGAAUUCUCAUACAAUUCUAAUUUUACCAAUCAAUAUUUGGCCCAGAACAGAUACAACUACGCCCAUCUUUUGGAGUGAGCAUCUCUGAGUUAAAUAAAACUUUUGAUUUGUGUGGAUAUUAUACUAUAGAGUGCAUUCUGAUAUAUUAUGAUCUGAUUAAUUCUAGUACAUAUUACAUUGUUUCAGUUUAUGUGCAAUCUUACUGUGUAUUAUUUCGCCCCUUUCAGUCGUGUAUGCUCUUUGGAAUCCAGCAAAGGUUGACGACGUCGUCUCGAUUUUUCCUUUUUUCUAUAAUGUUUGAAAUUUAUAGGUACAAACGCAUAUCACAAGUUCAGGAAAAUU